UACUUCUGUUCGCCGGUCGCUACAUUUGAUGUUCUUGCGGUCGGUUAGGUCGUUCGUCACUUCCGGGCUCCGGUUUGCCUUGUGUUGUAUGCGAUUUCGUUAGACGGUAGUAAUGUUGCGUACCCGACUGCGGUUUUUAGCUUUCCAUUCCACUCGUUAAUAACGUUUCUCAGCGGCCUUUCUAUAGCUAACGAGCGACUAUAAUAUUUUUAGUGUCUACACAGUAGGUACAGGUAGUUCGCGUAAUAACAUUAUGUGAGUGACACAUCAGACCGCGCUUCGAAUAGAUUAUUCUUUUUUCAUUAUUUUUUUUUUUCUUUCACAUUUUUCACUCGUUAAUAUUAUACCCAUAUAGUUGUUUAUAAAAUAAAUAAACAUGAAGAACUUCGUCGUACCUGUCAUCGUCGUUGUUUUGGUAAUCUCAAAUAAUGUCAACUGGUGCGUUAGAGGAAGCGAGGGUGAGACCGACCUUAACGAUCUGAAAGAUACAGUUAAAAAGAAGUUUGGCUCGUUGUCGUUGGAUAAUGUGCCAAAUAUCGACCAAUUAAAUUCUUCUAUACCGUCUCUCGAAGAGGGUGAGAAAUUGUUCAAAGAAAAAUGUCUACGAAACAGCCAAGUCAACAAUUCUUAUGAACUAGCUAUGGAAGCCAAAGAACAACUUCAAGUAUGUGUUCAUUCGUUAGUCGACCUCAAAGAACUGAAAAAAGAGGUCGAGGAAGCCAAACCCAAAGGUGACGUGGACAUAGUUUUCAAAAAAUACUGCAAGAAAUCGCCAGAUUUCAAGAGCUGUGUGUUGAAUUUCACAUCGACUGUAGAAGUUUGCCUGGACGAAGGUGAAAAAGCUAGCAAGGUAAUUCUCCAAAGCGUCACCGAAGCAUUAUUAGGAUUUGUUUGUCACGACGAGGGCGAUCGCAUAGCGUUGUUCUAUUCAGAAGGCGGACCUGAUUGCUUGAUGGACAAACAAGAAGCUAUUCAACACUGUCUGAAUACCUCAUUCAGCAAGUACUCCCCCUCCGGUGAUGUUAACAGCUUAUCCAACUUGCCGGCUUUCAAAUUCGAAGAAGAUCAGUGCAAGAGUAUGGGCGAGCUUCAAACAUGUGUAGUAGCAGAAUUGACAAAAUGUGGGGAACCUACACCUGCUAAUAUUGUUGACUCGUUAUUUGAGUUCAUCCGUCGUUCAACACCUUGUUCACAAUAUAAGAGUGCUCAAAUUCAAAAGUCUUCAUCAUCAUCUGUAAAUUUGUUAUCAUCAAACUCAUUGACAUUGUUCUCUGGUUUAAUCUUUUUAUUGGGACUUGUAGGAUAUUAUUAAGAGUAUUGUAUAAUUUGUAUAGCGUUAUUAUAAGUAGCAUGUUGCAGUACUUACCACUACAACUAAUAUAUAUAUAUAUAAACAAUGGCUUGAAAUCAAAAUCUUAACCACAUCGUUAUUUCACUUAAAGAUUAAUUACAUCUAUUAAAGCAAACUAUUGCUUUUAUACAAAUCAUUGUUGUUUUCCAGUAAAUAAUAUUAAAAAAAAAAUGUUUUAAAUUCUUUUUGUCUUACUUAAUUAUACAUAGAACAACAAAUGCCACUAUUUAUAGGUUUUAUAGUUAACCAUUUAGAACAAUGUUUAUAUUAACAAAUUGUAAUUUCGUGUCAUAAAAAAAUGAAUAUUGAACAUACCUAUUUUUAUUAAAAUUCUAUGGUAACUUUCAAAUAUUAUUCUAAUGAAAAAAUGUUUUCUACUUUGACUGUACGUAACAAGCUACUCUUUAAGGUGUUUGCUCUCUCAUUUUAUAAUUAAUUGUAUUUUUAUGUUAUUUAUAUAUUAUUGUUUCACCAAUUGAAAAAAUACAUGUAUUUUUCAUAUUAAUUUAGAUUUUAAAAAUGUAUCCUAGUUAGUAAAAAUUUCAAUUUGUUUUUUCUAGUUGAAGGUAAUUAAAUGGUAACUCUAAAUUGUUAUUUUCUAUAUAAUGUGUAAAUACUCGUAACCGAUUUGUCAAUCACUAUAGUUUAUACUUGAAUAUGAAUACCGACCAUACGUUUGAACUUUGGCAGCCAAAAAAUAUUGGUAUUCUUUUUAUUAUUGUAUGAAUAAUUAUGUUUGUAAUUCAAUACUCGAAAAUUGUAUACAUAAGUAAUUGGUAAUAUUUUAUUUUAUAUUACAUUUUUAAUAAAGCCAACAUGGAUAACUAUUCUGUUAUACGGUUAUUAACAUACA